CCUGAGCCACUGCAGUGAAGCCGUCAUCUGUAGAAACAGAGAGAGAGAGAGAGCUAGUGUGUCUUCAAACACACAGUUGCCUGCAAGAGAGAGAGAGAGAGAGAGAGAGAGAGAACGGCACUGAGCUGUGUAAAUUUCCCUGUGAUUUUGAGCUCCAUUACUAUUACUGUAUUGCCGACCGAGACGAAAAGACAUUUCCACACGCAGCCGUCAAAAUGGGAAAUGAAGCAAGUUAUCCCUUGGAAAUGUGCACGCACUUUGAUGCUGAUGAGAUUAAAAGGCUUGGCAAGAGAUUUAAGAAACUCGACCUAGAUAACUCUGGGUCUUUGAGCGUAGAAGAGUUCAUGUCCCUGCCUGAAUUGCAACAGAACCCUCUGGUGCAACGAGUUAUUGAUAUAUUCGACACUGAUGGUAACGGUGAAGUUGACUUCAAAGAAUUUAUUGAAGGUGUCUCACAGUUUAGCGUCAAGGGUGACAAGGAACAGAAGCUGCGGUUUGCCUUCCGUAUCUACGACAUGGACAAAGACGGAUACAUCUCCAAUGGGGAACUCUUCCAAGUGCUAAAGAUGAUGGUGGGAAACAAUCUCAAGGACACUCAGCUUCAACAAAUAGUUGAUAAAACCAUUAUUAACGCAGACAAAGAUGGAGAUGGAAGAAUAUCCUUUGAAGAAUUUUGUGCAGUUGUAGGUGGCUUAGACAUACACAAAAAGAUGGUGGUGGAUGUGUGACCUAUCUGAGCUCCACACAACACUUCUACUUUCUUCUCCAUCUCUGAAGAUCUGCUCAAGAUGUCCAGCAAUGCUCUCUGUGUAUUUUAAAUGGAAGUAUUUUCUCUGUGAAGCCACUUUUUCCAACACGAGCCUCGUGAAGCCAGCUAAGUGUUAUUGAACUUUUAAUUCUGUCAAUAACUUGGUGUAGCACUUUAAAGUCUGAAGGACAGCUUACUGUGGAAAGAGCAUCUCAGUGUGGUGGAGAAAGGGAAGGGGGCUGGCUUGUAUUUUUUUAUUUUAUUUAUUUUGGUCUCGUCUUUUUUAACAAGGAAGUAUAUCUUAGCUUUCUAAAUGUGGGGUGGGGAGGGGGUAGUUAGAUUAAUUAUAACUUAAUUUAAGCAACACAAAGGUAGAGUAUGACGUGCCAAGCAGAACAUAAACAAACUAGAUGAAUAUAUAAAUAUUAGGGCUGUCAAUUAAUCACAGUUAACUUUUUUGGGAGAGUAAUUUUUUAACACACAUUAAUCACACUCUUGUCUUGUCCCUCUUAGCAUACCGUAAUUCAUUUUCUGCUGCACCAUUUUAGUGCAUGCAAGGAUUGAAUGAGUGCAAGUCGUCGUUUGAAUAUAAAAUUAGUCGCAGAACCGCAUUAUGUAGCAAAGCACUCAAACUGAAGGACUUGUGAAUGGGACUUUUUUUUUUUUUUUAAACCUUUCUAACGGUUCAUUGGAUAAUAAGAGGGUUACUUGUAUCUACUGUCAAAGUGAGUUCCAGUAUCACAGAAGGCAUCUAGUCUGCUGUACUGAGUGCUAAACAUGCUUUUACUUCUCAAAGUACACAUGCUAGUAGUUUUUUGUGCUGCAGAUAUCAGCAGUACAACAACAAAUGAAACUUGUCAGUUUUGACAGAAUACUCCUUAGACAUUCAGGAUCGCUGCAAACCCAUGAAUCAAGCUAAGUAUGAUACUAUAAGUAUAACCAAUGCUGUUGGAUAGCUUCCUUUUGUUUUAUUUCAAUAUCCACAUUUAUUUUUAAACUAUUAUUUACAGUUAUGGAGGAUAUAACAGUU